AAAACCAAAAGAAUUUCAGUUAAUGGGUCCCAGUUUUACCGAAUACAACUGUCUUAAAUAAGUUAGACAAACAAGAAAAGGAUAAAAGGGUCUUUUUACAUCCAGUCACCAACAACUUACACCCCAACCACUUCAAAACCUCGUCUUUUAUUCGCGUAACUCCAAGGAACCGCCAUUUCUAUUAGCGACUUCUUAUAUAUGAAUCUUGAUGUUCAUUCCUUGGCACGAAUUCUCAAUUCCUGCACCACACACCACUCAAUACAUUAUGGAAAACAGCUUCAUCUUCUCUUUCUCAAGAAGGGUCUUCUUAGUUCCACUGUUUCCAUCGGAAACCGCCUUCUACAGAUGUAUAUCAGGUGUGGCAGCAUCAGGGAUGCAUGCAAAAUGUUUGAAGACAUGCCCCAAAGAAAUUCUUUCUCUUGGAAUACCAUGAUUGAAGGUUACAUGAAAUCUGGGGACCAUGUAAAAUCACUGGAGUUCUUCAGGUGCAUGCCCAACAAGAAUGAUUUCUCUUGGAAUGUGAUCAUUUCGGGGCUUGCAAAGGCAGGUGGGCUGGCUACUGCACGAAGUUUUUUUAAUGACAUGCCUAACAAAAAUGGGGUUGCAUGGACUUCUUUGAUUCAUGCGUAUGCUCGAAAUGGACAGCCAAGAGAUGCUUUAAAACUCUUUAAAGAUUUGAAUUCCAACCCAUUUGAAGUAUCGCGUUGUGAUGCAUUUGUAUUAGCCACGGUUAUUGGGGUUUGUACUGAUUUGAUUGCUCUUAAUUGUGGCAAGCAAAUCCAUGCUCGUAUUCUGAUUGAUGAACUGGAAUUCGACUCGGUUUUGGCCAGUUCUUUGAUCAAUUUGUAUGCUGAGUGUGGGUACUUGGAUGGUGCAACUCAUGUUCUGAACAUGAUGAAGGAACCAGAUGAUUAUUCUCUAUCAGCAUUAAUUUCAGGCUAUGCAAAUUGUGGUAGAAUGGAUGACGCAAGAAGAGUUUUUUAUACUAAAACCAAUCCAGAUGUUGCCUUAUGGAAUUCGAUGAUUUCUGGAUAUGUAUGCAAUAAUGAAAGCAUAGGAGCAUUAAUUCUCUUCAAUGAGAUGCGGAAUAAUAGUGUCCAAGGCGACUCCUUGACUCUUGCAAGCGUUUUGAGUGCUUGUGGUACCGUAGGCAUCCUUGAACAUGCUAAGCAAAUGCAUACACAUGCUUACAAGGUUGGGAUUAUUGAUAACGUUGUGGCUACCAGUGCUCUUCUUGAUGCAUACUCCAAGUGUGGAAGUCCUAAUUAUGCCUGUAAAUUAUUUAGUGAGCUCAAAGCCUUCGACACAAUAUUGCUUAAUUGUAUGAUCACCAUAUACUCAAAUUGUGGAAGAAUUGAAGAUGCAAAACAAAUCUUCAAGACAAUGCCUAGUAGAAGCAUAAUAUCAUGGAAUUCAAUGAUAGUAGGUCUUAGUCAAAAUGGUUAUCCAAUGGAAACCUUAAAUCUUUUCCGGGAGAUGAAUGAGCUGAACUUGAAAAUGGACAAGUUUAACCUGGCUGGUGCUAUCAGUUCGUGUGCUGCUAUGACCUCACUUGAAUAUGGUGAACAGGUUUUUGCCAGAACUACUAUCAUUGGGCUCGAAUCUGAUGAAAUCAUUUCCAACUCGCUUGUUGAUUUCUAUUGCAAGUGUGGUCUUGUUGAAAAUGGGCGAAAAAUAUUCAACAAAAUGGAAAAAUCUGAUGAAGUCCCUUGGAACUCAAUGCUGAUGGGUUAUGCUACAAAUGGUCAUGGAAUCGAAGCGUUAGCACUUUUUGACGAAAUGAGCCAGGCUGGUGUAAGACCAAAUGCUAUAACAUUUACUGGGGUCUUGUCUGCUUGUGAUCAUUGUGGGAUGGUUGAAGAGGGAAGGAAAUGGUUCAAUAGAAUGAAAUGUGAUUACCAUAUUGAUCCAGGCAUUGAACACUUUGCUUGCAUGGUUGAUCUUUUGUCCCGGGCAGGAUAUAUUGAGGAAGCCAUGAAUCUAAUUGAAGAAAUGCCCUUUAAGGCAGAUGCAAACAUGUUAUCACCAGUCUUGAGAGGUUGUGUGGCUCAUGGAGAUAAGGCUAUUGGGAAGAAAAUUGCAGAGCAAAUCAUUGAGCUUGAUUCUGAGGAUUCUGGUGCUUAUAUACAGCUAUCUAACAUAUUGGCUUCCUUGGGAGAAUGGGAUGGAUCAGCACAAGUUAGAAAGAUGAUGAGAUAUAAGAGAGUAGUGAAGAAUCCUGGUUGCAGCUGGUCUGAUUGUCAAAAACAAUAACAGUAAUAAAUAAAAAAAAAAGACACCUAACAUCCAAUUUAACAAGCCCUUGUAAGUUGCUCUGUAUGGCGAUUCUUUUAUCAGGUUUUGAUUUGGGUUCAAUAUACUUUAUAUAUGUUUUCAAAGCAA